AUGUCUUUAGCCAAAUUCAUACAAUACAUUGAAAUAGGCUUUUUGAAUGAAUUUUGGAAUGCUCUCAGACCAGAAUCACAAGUAUUCUAUGAUCGCGGAAAUUAAAUUUUCAUUUUCAGAGAAUUAACUCAAAUAUUUAUAAUCUCCAAAAAUCAACUACAAACAGUGGUGCGAAUUAAGAUCCCACAUAUUGGAAUGAUCUACAGCAUGAAUGUCCAAUAGGAUUUGUUAUAUGUUGCAUAUUAAACUUCUGAAAACCAAUUGUACUUGUUUUCGACAAAAGCAAAUAGGCACUUCAAUUACAUAGUUCAAACAGAGAAGAAUUCAUAAAUUAUAUAAUUUGAAUGGGCCAAAGGUUGUAUGGGACUAUUCGAUAUAUUGGUGGUCGAAAAUCAUGGAAUACAUCUCCUUAAAAUAGAUGAUUAAGUGAGGAGAGUCAAGUUUCUUUAACAAAAGAUCAGUUGGUGUUGGUAUGAACCAAGGAAUGAGGUGCUGGCAACCUGUAGUACUCAUCAUAAUGGUUUGAUAUCUACCUACUACUUCAAGGAAAAGCGAAAAGAUUUCAAAUUCAAAGGACAGGAUUUUUAUUUAGAAGAUUUCGAACCAAAAGAAGGUACUUCAGCCUUUGCUUCUCUAUUUAAAUCCAAAAAAACAGACACCUAACUAUUUAGUGCUCCCACCGACAAGAAAAACAAGGAUUUAAGUUAAGACGAAUAACAAUCCGACUCAAGUUAUAGAGUCUAUUUAAUAUACAUAUACGGGAAGUCACUCUUGGCCUAUUCGAAUUCAACUACUGGUCACUUGUUAUUCUAUUAACUACAAUAUGAGAAAAUACCUAAGAAAAAACAUCUACUUAAAUUUUAUCCUGACAGUGCUGUUCACCUUUCAGUUAUUGAUAAUCUCAUAGUCUUAUCUUCUUUUAACGAAAAAGUGUCCAUUGUCUUCGAUGUCCAAAUCAAAAAAAAUCCUGAAGAUCCCCUAGAAAAACCCUAAUGCAUCUUAUAAUAAUAAGAAACUUAGACUAAUAAAUAUCAAGAAGUAGAAAAGAAGCAGAACAUUCAAUAAUAAUAGGUGAUUAAAGAGAAUCCAUAAACAGAGUCAGAGUCAGCUAAGAAAAAUUCAAACAAAUGUUUAGAUGAUGCUCAAAACGAUUAGGCUUAGAAUUAAUCAUCUGUGUUGAAGGAGGAAUAAUAGGAACUUGAUCAAAAAGGAGAUGGAAAAGAGGGAGAGGAAGAUGAAUCGAAAUAGAAAUAAAAUUAGGAUUAAAUGGAACAAUAAGAACAAUAAGAUCAAGGAUAAAAUUUAAUUCAAAAUUAACAUAUCUAAUAAAAUGAGGAAAUUCAAUAGUAUAGUAGUUCUUAGUUUAUUUAUGAUGUCUAAGCUUUAAUCCAAGAAAUCAGACAGUCUGAAGAGUAUUAUCAAACAUUCUAAGUGAAAAUGAAAUUUCAUCAACUCUCACAAAAUCUUGCUUAAUUAAAGGAAGAAUAAAGCAAUAUUUAUGAAUAGAGUUGUAAUUAUUAGCAGGAUGAUUUAAUAAUUAAUUACAAAGAUAAAUAGAUUUACUAAUUUAAGUUAAUUUUAUAACACUUACCAAAGAUCUUUAAUAAUUAGUCAGAAGCAUUUUGUGUAUUAUUAAGAAGAAACAAUUGUAAAAAUGCAAUCUUUGAAUUCUUAAUUUAAUUGGCAUUGACUAAUGAGCCAAUUCAGCUCUUUUCCUAAAUCUACAAGCACAUUUUAGAUAUUUAUUUAAGAUCCUUUUAAGAAAAAAUAGGAAAUGUUUAAGUAGAAAAACUAUAAAAUGAAUACACUGUUCUAUAUCCAUCAGACUUAGCAAACCAUUUUUUUAAAUGCUUAUUCGAGGAUGGAAACAUGAAGAAAUAGUUCUUAAUUGAAAUUCUGAUUGAGUUUAUUCGACAAUUCUAGGAGAAGCUAAAAGAUUACAGGAUUCCAAUCAACGAAAUCUAAAAUCUGUUAAUUAAAUUAUUAAUUAAAACUAAUAGAUACACUCAGUUGCAUUUUCUAAUUCAAUAUCAAGUUCUAACUGAUACUCCGGACUUUGCAAAAUUAUUGACUGAAAUCAGCAGCAAAGAAAUUAUUGAUUAAAGAAAUCUAUAACAUUACGAACCAGCUUUCUAGUUGGGAGCAGAUAUGUACUUCAGAUUAUAAAGGUACGAUGAACUUUUAGAAUAAUUGUUAAAAUUUGGAAAAUUUCACGACGCAGCCUUUCUACUUAAAAAGAUACCAAAUAUAAGAAUGAAAUUUGAACCAAUCUAACACGGCAUCAGAUAUGCUGAUUGCUCAAAAGAAGAUUUGGUUGUAUUCUUAGAAGAUGCUUAUAGAAAAUUAAAAACUCAAUUUAGUGGCGCCGAAGUGAAAGCGUUAUGA